AGAGGAUUUGAUAAUUGAUAUGAGUAGCAGUUACAUUUUCCACACGAAUUCGUGAAAUUUUGAAAUAUCUUCAGUUUCAAAUUCAAUCUCUGCAUUUCGAAGCAUAUUAUGUAUGCCAGCCAGUUUGACGGCAACGCCGCCUUCUCCGGCGGCGGUUUCAUGCCCUCUCAGACCACUCAGUCCCAUGACUCUUCCUCCACCUUCCCUACUUCCAGAAAUCGGGAUGCUCAGUCGUUGCUACCUUUGACGGUGAAGCAGAUAAACGAUGCGUAUAACUCGAGCGAUAAUAAAUCCAAUUUGAUUGUCGAUGGUGUUGAUGUCAACACCGUUACACUCGUAGGAAGGGUAUGCAACAAAAAUGGGAUGAUUACUGAAGUUCAUUUUGUCCUUGAUGAUGGCACUGGAAGGAUUGAGUGUAAUAAAUGGCUUCAAGAAGCAGCGGAAUCAAAUGAAGUGGACGGUAUCAUGGAUGGAGUAUAUGUGCGUCUUCAUGGACAAUUAAAAGGCCUUAAUGGGAAAAGGAUUUUGAAUGUUUUCUCGUUUAGGCCUGUGACUGACUUUAAUGAGAUUGCCAGCCAUUUCAUUGAAUGUAUAUAUGUUCAUCUCUACAAUUCCAAGCUAAAGGCUGCUGUUCCUAACCAGCAACAUGUUACAAAUUCAACACCAAUAACACCCACAAAAGGUUACCAAGUUCUCCCACCAAAUCAAUUCUCUGGUCAGCAUAACAAUGGUCAGCCGAGGUUCGAAGAAAUGGUCCUGGAUUUUUUGCAUCUUCCCCCACACAGUGCAUCGGAAGGGGGAGUCUCUAUUAAACUUAUUGAAGAGCAACUACGACUUCCUAAGGACAAGCUGAUGUAGGCUAUCAAAAAUCUUAUUGACGAAGGCCAGAUUUAUGAAGCUAUAAGUGAUCACUAUAAGUCAACCAUCAAUGGUUGACAUUUUAAUAUACGAAGAUAUAGUUUGUGCGGAGUUCCAAUCAUCCUUUCUAUGCCUGUUAGUAAGGUUUAAUGUGUGAAUAUGAGCAAUUAAGCGUACUAGUUAUGCUAAGAUCUAUGGAUUUAAGCAAAGUAGGGAGUUUGCUGGUUCUUGAAUCUUGAUCUACUUGUUUUGUUUUGUAUUGUAUUUUCUGUCUAUGUUUUUCUUUUAUAUCAUGAUAAGAAAUGGUCUUACGAGGUUUUUUUUUUGUCUUGACAAGGUGCUAGUUUUUUCACUCUGAUAAAGAAUUGUUUUUAGGGCUUAUUGGAUCCAUUUAUGAGUACGCACAAAAAAAACAAGGAACCAUUAAUGGGCUA